AACAAGAGAAAAGACCAAAUCAAAUUGUUAUGGUGGAGGUUUGAAACCUAUAUAUAGGAUAGCAAAUUAACCUUGGAAAUAUGAAAGCCUUUCUGUAUGUCUUUUUAAUUUCUGCUUUGGAGAUUGUUAAAACAUGAAAAUGGUCUCUGUUUUGUUUGUAACACUUUUGGGUAUUUGUUUGUGCUUUCAAGCCAAUGCAACCUACAAUGGACUCGGCCAGAAGCCUCCAAUGGGAUGGAAUGGUCGUGAAUAUUUCUUUUGCAGUGGUAUUAAUGAAAAUGCUAUUCGCGGAGCAGCUGAUGCACUGAUUUCCACUGGAUUGUCCAAGUUAGGAUAUGAAUAUGUAAACAUAGAUGACUGUUGGGGUGAAAAACACCGAGAUGCUCAGGGCAAUCUUAUUGCUAAAGCAACAACAUUUCCUUCUGGCAUAAAGGUUUUGGCAGACUAUGUUCAUUCUAAGGGACUCAAACUCGGUAUAUAUGCUGAUGCAGGAUCAAAAACUUGUUCCGGAAGGAUGACAGGUUCAAUUAAGCAUGAGCAACAUGAUGCUAACACAUUCGCUUCAUGGGGAGUAGACUACUUGACAUAUAUGAGCUGCUACAUUCCUGAGUUCAACCCUCUUGCGAGGUACCAAAAAAUGAGUAAGGCUCUCCUAAAGACAGGGCGUCCUAUAUUCUUUGCCACUGGUAAUUGGUACAACCUAACAGACUAUAUUGAGGAAGGACCUAAGGUUGCCAACAGCUGGUUGAGUGCUGAAAUUGGAGUUCGAUAUGUAGACAUGUUAGAUGUCGCUGACCAGAACAAUGAGCUUGCUGCUUAUGCAGGUCCUAAACGUGGAUGGAAUGAUGUUGAUGUAUUGCAGAUUGGAAAGAUGGGCCCCAGUUGGACAAUUGAGGAGUACAGAUCACAAUUCAGCAUAUGGGCCUUAAUGAAGGCACCCUUGAUCAUUACCACUGACUUAAGGAAUGCGAGUCAGGAAACUCUAGAGAUCCUGGGAAACAAAGAGGUUAUUGAUGUCAAUCAAGAUUCAUUAGGAGUUCAGGGGAAGAAAGUGAGCAAACAAGGAGAUCUUGAGGUAUGGGCAGGGCCUCUGUCCAACAAAAGAGUGACUGUAGCGUUGUGGAACAGAGGCAAUUCUACAGCUUCUAUCACUGCCAAAUGGAAAGACAUUGGCCUUUCAUCCAAAACUGUUGUUCAAGCAAGAGACUUGUGGGCUCAUUCAUACCUUCCAACAAGUUUAAAAGGAAGUCUCACCUCAAGCGUUGAUUCACACGUUGUCAAAAUGUAUAUUUUGACACCAAUCUAUGCUUAAACUUGAGACACAAGUUUGAAGCUCAAUAAAUGUCUUUUUUGCUUUUGUCUUUCUUAUUAUACACGUCUGGUAUACUUCCAGAUAUAGAAGAAUAAAAUAUGAAGUUUGUAAUAAUUUCAUCACCGUUAUCUAAAUCAAUAAGAAGCCAGUGGGUUUUCAGAUCUUA